AAAAAACUACUUCCGGUUUCUACGGAAACACGCAGACCCGGAAGUCCCCCUGAUUCCGCGGGUCUUUUGGGACAACACAGCUCCACACAACACAGUGUGCAGAAAUGGCGGGAGUGAACACCAUGGAGAAGAAACUGGCUGAGUACAAGUGUGACACCAAUGAAGCUAUAUGCUUGAAGCUGGUUCGCUUUCCGGAGGAUGUUGAGGAUGAUGGGACCACAUUCCACCCAGAGUACAGCCACCAAAUCUUUGGAGACGACGAAGUCGCAUUUGGAUACAAAGGUCUUCAGAUUCAGAUCUUCUACACCGCUGGAAACCUGAGCACUCUCUUCAAAGUGAAAUACUCCUCAAAAGUCUCUGAGACGUUUGACUGUGUGGAGCCCGACGACGUGGAGGGAAAGAUCCGGGAAAUCGUUCCUGCCGGAUUCACCUGCAACACCGACGACUUCAUCUCGCUGCUGGAGAAGGAGGCGAAUUUCAAGCCCUUCGGCACUUUGCUCCACACGUACACGGUCCACAACGAGGACGCAGGAGAACUCACCUACCAGAUUCACAAGGCUGACAUCUCCUGCCCUGGAUUCCAAGAGUACCACGAGCGCCUGCAGACCUUCCUCAUGUGGUUCAUAGAGACUGCCAGUUUCAUCGAUGCAGAUGACGAUCGUUGGGACUUCUUUCUCGUAUUUGAAAAGUACAAUAAAGAUGGGGAGACUCUCUACGCAACUGUUGGCUACAUGACAGUUUAUAAUUACUACGUGUACCCAGACAAAACCCGACCACGUGUAAGCCAAAUGUUGAUCCUGCCUCCGUUCCAAGGAGAGGGUCACGGAGCUCAGCUUCUGGAGGCAGUGCACAGAUUUUAUUGCAGCCUGCCCAAAGUGCAAGACAUCACAGCUGAAGACCCGUCUGAGAACUACGUGAAGCUGAGAGACUACGUGCUGGCGAAGCUUUGCCAGGGCCUUCCUUCCUUCGCCGUAGACAAGCUGCCCCUCGGCUUCUCGGCCGACAUGGUCAAAGAGGCGCAAGACAAGCUGAAAAUUAAUAAGAAACACGCGAGACGGGUGUACGAAAUCCUGCGUCUGCGAGCGACGGACAUGAGCGACGAAGAGAAAGCGCGGGAGUACCGUUUGGAGGUGAAGAAGAGGCUAUUUGGACCAUACAGGAAGAAUCAGCGGGAGCUGGCGAAGAUGAGGAAGUGCCUACGGCCGGAGGAGCUGGUGUCCCACAUGGGCCAGAUGGACACGCAGACGCAGCACGAGGAGCUGGAGAAGAGCUAUCAGGUCGUCGUGGAAGACUACAGGAGAAUCAUCGAGAGGCUAGCGACCCAGGCCUGAUUGAUCCAAGCGUGACACGCUGCUGACUCGGAGCCCCGACACUCAACAUACAGGUGCUCUGCCCAAUCUGUACAAAGCCUACAGCACGACAGACUUUCUGCUGCAGCCAAGAAGAGGCUCUUCUUGUUGUGACAAAAUCAGUGUUUUAAUUGAAGAGUGUUACAGGUGUAUAGUGGCUGACGAUGGGCUGCGGUGGGAAAGGCCUGUCUGUUUUCCAGCUGAUGUUGAUACGGUAGAGGAGGUGAAUAGUGCAGCUGGAGGGUGAGACUUCCUGUUUGUCCCACAUGUUUAAUCACAUUGUGCCAGAUUAAAUGAUGUGUAGUUUUUCACAGAUGAUCAGAGGUCCGCUAUCCUGCAGAGAAACCUUGCUUCUUCUCCAUCAUAGACAUUUUUUAAAGAUCUUUUGUCGAAACAGUUCCCCAGUGUGUGUUUUGAAGCACUUCAUACUGAAAAUAAAUAUGGUUUUGUAUAUUG